UCUUCUCCAGAGAUAGCUCUGUAUGUAUAUAUAUAUGGUUAUGUAUCUAGCCUAGAUUCAUCAGAUUAUUACAGACGCAUUCUUCUGGUAAACCGUUGGCGAGAGAAAGAGGAAAAAAGCGAGGGAAAUCAUCCUGAUUUCGACUUGUUCUUCCCAAACUAGUAUUCAGAUUAAAUAUCUAAGGAUGAAGGCUCUUAUUCUUGUUGGUGGAUUUGGAACAAGGUUGAGGCCUUUGACCCUCAGCGUCCCGAAACCCCUUGUUGAGUUUGCUAACAAACCUAUGAUCCUUCAUCAGAUGGAGGCGCUUAAGGCAAUUGGUGUGACAGAAGUAGUAUUAGCAAUCAAUUACCAACCAGAGGUUAUGAUGAGUUUCUUGAAGGACUUUGAGGCUAAGCUUGGGAUCAAGAUUACAUGCUCACAGGAGACUGAGCCGCUUGGCACUGCCGGUCCUCUAGCAUUGGCUAGGGACAAACUCUUGGAUAAAUCUGGUGAUCCAUUUUUUGUUCUUAAUAGUGAUGUAAUAAGUGAAUACCCUCUAAAACAGAUGAUCGAAUUCCAUAAGUCACAUGGAGGCGAAGCAUCUAUUAUGGUGACCAAGGUUGAGGAGCCAUCAAAAUAUGGUGUGGUGGUGAUGGAAGAAUCAACAGGGGUAGUUGAGAGAUUUGUGGAAAAACCAAAAUUAUUUGUGGGAAACAAAAUAAACGCAGGGAUUUACCUGCUGAAUCCGUCUGUACUGGACCGCAUUCAACUGAGGCCAACCUCGAUAGAAAAAGAAGUAUUCCCAAAAAUCGCUGCCGAGAAAAAGCUAUACGCAAUGGUAUUACCUGGUUUCUGGAUGGACAUUGGGCAGCCAAGGGAUUACAUAACUGGGUUGAGACUCUAUCUGGACUCGUUGAGAAAGAUGGCUUCACCUAAGCUGGCGAGUGGAGCCCACAUAGUGGGAAACGUUCUUGUGGACGAGACUGCUAAAAUUGGGGAGGGGUGUUUGAUUGGACCUGACGUGGCAAUUGGGCCGGGCUGCGUGGUUGAGUCGGGAGUGAGACUUUCUAGGUGCACUGUGAUGAGGGGAGUGCGGGUGAAGAAACACGCGUGCAUCUCUGGAAGUAUCAUCGGGUGGCAUUCGACGGUUGGGCAAUGGGCUAGAGUCGAGAAUAUGACUAUUUUGGGAGAAGAUGUUCAUGUAUGUGAUGAAAUUUAUAGUAAUGGGGGUGUGGUUCUUCCACAUAAAGAGAUCAAGUCUAGCAUAUUGAAGCCAGAGAUAGUAAUGUGAUUCAAUAACUAUGUUAUUUGUGGAGGUGAUAGCUAUAAGUGGUUUGUGUGUGCAAUGUGUAAUCUCAAUAUUUUAUUGUAUGGUCAAUGGCUUGCAAUGUGUAAUAUCUUAAUAAUUUCAUUCAAUAUUGUACAUAAUAAUAUCUUCCUUUGCA